CUUGGGGGAAGCAGACAGUUUGCCCUUGAGCUCCGCAUACAACUAAGUAUGCACCAGAGACAGGUAGUCAUAUUUUAAUUAAGCUGUACCACAGGAGUCCAGGCAUCUGAUCCUCUGAAAAUGGCAGCGUGAGGAAGUUUUAUAUUGGCCUCGGGCUACCAACCAACCAUGUUGGUAAUUGCAAUCACAGUCUGUAAAUGUGGCAGAGGGGCUUGCGUGCCAUGAAAGCAAGGUUUGAGGUUGGCUCCUCCAACUUUGCAUGACAUUUAUCAGAUAGAGAGAACUGGAACAUUCAUGCCCCGGACAAAUCGCUAACCCCCCUCACUGCAUCUGAGCAUCUAAUCAUCCUCGAGUCCGAGCUUCUGGAUAAAUCCUCUCUCUUUCACCAUGACUGAUUAGAGCCGGGCGCUCUCCAGUAUAAAAUGGCUGCAGCCCAUCACCCGAGGCGGGGCCUUCCACGCCGGCUGUGGGCAAGGACAUUCAGCCGCACAUCUUCAAAGACUUUUGAGAUCCUGGGCACCGUGAUUAAACGCUAAUCUAAGAAGAUAUUUCUUGCGUCAAGUCCAGCAGCGACAGUGGCAUGGUGCCCACGCCCCAGGUGUGCGUAUCAACCCUGGUCACAGUGAGCACGAUGGCAGUGGUGGACCUCUACCUGCUGGAGCAGAGCAUGCUGGGUGCUCGUGGUCUUCCAGGACCUAGCGUGUGGCAGUGUGCGGCAGUGUUGCUCGGUGAUGUGGGCUUCCUGCUGGCGCUGCGCUUUGUGUCGGCCGGUGUGGUGUCAGAGGCGCGGUCGCCGCGUCGUGGUUUUGCCAAUGCCCUCUGGUUCCUGUUCCUGUCCCUGCUCCAGCUCAAGCUCUUCUUCGUCUGCCAUAACUACAGGCAGGAGCGCCGUCCACCAGAUCCGCUUGCCAGGAAGACCCUGACGCUGCUGCUGUCCAUCUGCCUGCCCUCCCUGUUUCUUAUCCUGACGGGAGCUGACCAUAUGACCCCGCAGCGCAGAAAGCAGGAGGUGCGUGGCCGGCUCCUGUGGGUUGUGGUGGACCUGCUGGAUGUGCUGGACCUGCAGGCGGGACUAUGGGAAGCCCAAGGCGGGGCUGCUGCGGGGAGUGGAGGGGUCGUUGAGCAGAGGCUGCCCAUUUGGGCAGAGGGCCUGGUCUUUUUUUAUUGCUACGCCCUCCUGCUGCUGUUGCCCUGUGUGGCUCUCACAGAGCUGGGGGCCACUGGCCUGCCAGGACAGAGGGGUUCCCGUAAGGAGGCUCUGUACCCUUGGCUUAGCUUGGUCACUAUCAAUAUCUUCACCCUGGCCCUGAGGGGCACAGGCAUGCUGUGGUACAGGGACCCCCGUGUGUCCACUGUGUUCCUGGGGAAGAACCUACUGGCUCUGGCUGUGAAGCUGAGCUCAGCCUGGGAAAGACACAAGCAGGAGCGCGGUGCUACAGGAGCUGGGACUGUGGCUGGAGCAGAACCAGGAGACUCGACCCUGCCAAGCCAGAGCUCAGAGCAGGGAGAGGGCCAGGACCAGGGGAAAGCUCCUCCCUCUCAUUAUCACGCACUGUCUCGCUCCCAAAGCCACACACUCUCCCACGUCAGCAUGGAGCCCACAGAGACGCCCUUAGGACCCUCUUUCAUUUCCCAUGAACUUUAGAGAGUCACUCUGAACAAAAGCAUGUGCUCACACAUCCACACUUAAAAGUCAGACCAGCAGAGCCAGUAUCACAUCCAAACAGAUAACUUGUAUUACGUUUCAGUACAACAGUGAUAGGUCUAAUGCAGAGCUGUGGAAAUGCAUUCGGCAAGCUUGGCUUUCUGCACAUUUUGUUGUGCUAAUAAUAACUCAAAAUGCAUUGCUGGGAUUUGUGGGAGUGUAUUUUUUAAGUGAUCACUGUGAACACAUCUAUCAGCCUGUAAAGAAUAAUCCAGAAAUGUAUGUUUUAGUCUAGUAGUGCUUAUUCCUUUCUUUAAUCUGGGCACAGCUGCCCAAACUGCCACAGAUUUGUUGAAUGUGUUGCAUUCAUAACCCUGUUUAAAUUAUUGUAUUGUUUUACUGCAUUACUCCAUUUACAGUAUCUCAUAUUGGUUUACUUGUUAAUUUUUGAGUUCAGGUCACGUGGCUUGUCGGAAAAUGGAGAUCAACACUUUUCUGCCAUUAGAUGCCAAAAUACAGACUCUGACCUUUAGUGUACUUCUUUCUCUGUCACUUUACAGGGACCUUUCACAGAGAAAGGUUUAAUACAGAGGAGUGACGAUUUAUUUCCCCCUUUCCACAGAGCCAUGCUUCAAGUCCUAUUUGAAUAGAUUUGAAAGGCAUGAAGAGGUAAAACUAUGAGAGAAAGAAGAUGAGAGAAGAAAAUAAAAUAAAAAAAGAAUGUGUAGCAGAUCUUUUAUCCUCAUAUCCUAUCUUUUUUUUUUAAUACUGUCAUGACAUCCAAGAUUUAUCUUAAACAUCAGCUGGAAAUGAUUUUAGAGAUGCAUGCUGAACCGUCACAUUUAUUUUAGAACCACUUUUGCUGUAAAUGUUAAAACCCUCCUGCAGCAAUUCUACCACAACAAAAAUGUGCAUAACUCAAGAUGCCAACUAUUUAUGAAAAACACCGUUUUCAUAAAUACAAUCUUUCAACAGUAGGGCUUAAAGAUGGGCAUUUUGCAUCAUCUUAAUCCUAUUGCAACACAAACUACAGUACAGGUCUAUUUUACUACAUUAUUUACAAAGUACAAAAUACCAUUGUAAGUAAUCCCUUUACCAGUUCAGAACACAUUUAAAAAUCAUGUUUUGCUGUCGUCUGUACUUGUCUUAAAAGUCUCUGUCAGUCAUUUUCAAAAAGAAGAAGAAAAAAAACUGUCCAGCUGCCACAGAUUAUUAAGAGUUAACUUUUUGAUUACAGAUGGAGCCUUUCAUUCACUGAUUUGUUAACAUGUGGGUGUCGUAGUAUUUGGUCGUCAUGGGAUUAUGGGUCAGAGCAGCAGGUGUAGAGGAUGUACAGUACAGACAAGUGCCUUGUUUCCUCAUGGAUCUACGAGCCUCUGCAUCGUCACGAGGUGUACACAUUAUGUGUACCAUGUGGAACUUGGACAUAUGCCAUGUGUACACUGUGAAGUUAUUCCACAGCUGCUGUCAGCUACACCUCCAGGACA